AUGCGCAGGACUCUCCUCGACUUCUCAUUGGUCGGACUUUUCGCAUUCCUCGGGACUUGGAUUCCGCCAACCUUAACCUCCGCCGCUCCACUUCAAUCAGCCUUCCCUCGCCACCAUUCUCACACGGCAACUACUGCAAUAGACGACAAUGGAAUCAUCUACCUCCCAGCAAACAAGACCAGGAUUCUCGACGACAUGAAUACCCAGAUGCAAGGCAUCAUCGAUCAGGAACUCGAGUUCACCUACGAUCAUACCAAAUACCUCUUAGUUCUCCACGAAACCAUGUGCAAGCAACCUUCCAACUCGGACUUGAUCUACUACUAUUGCGUCGUCGAGGUCCUCACCUCACCUGUCAUCGAACUCAUCCCUGCCAAGCAGGUCUCGAAAGCCAUUGCCUGUUCUACCCCAACUUGUGUCAUUGGGCUCUUUCAGUCUGUCACUGUUGUGUCCACACAUAGCACCGAGGUCGGGCUCUCGGUCCAGACGGACGCCAAACCCUUUGAGGCCGGGUUGACACUCAACAAGUCGUUCCUUGGGUAUGGGUACAGCGUGUCCAAUCAGGCAACAAUUGACCUUAACCAUAACCUGGACCUGAAGUAUGGAGAGACAGGAUUCGUUGCGCUGGUCAAUGCUCAAGCGUCGGCCAAGGUCCGCAUCCGUGCAUGCAAAUGUCAGAUGGGAAUCGAGUACAGUACCUGCAUGAUAUUGUGUCGUGUCCUGCCUGGCAAAUAUGCUGUUGACGAGACUGCGUUCCAUGAGGCGAUCAUCUUGCAAGGUCGGACUGCCAAAACCCUUGUGUCCUUUAUAUAUCUUUAG